CCCAUUUCUCCUGCUGCCUCCUUGCAGCGUUGCCCACGCUGUGGCUGCUCUGCUGAGCUCUUUAUGUAACCUCCCACCCUGGGCAGAGCUGGCCAGGCUUUCAGGUGUCUCCUUCCAAUUCCCCCGUUCUCAUGCACACACAGCAGCUUGCAGUGGAUGGCCCUCUCCAUCACUCCUAGAGAAACACCUCCAUGGCAAUUCUGUAGAGGGCAAGCACGAGUUUUAUGUCAGAUGGAUUCAGUGUGGACAGGAUUAAGCAUGUAAAAACAAAACACUGCAUGGUUGUAGAAUGGCAAAAAGCAGCCAAGAAGGGCUUAACACUUAUUGUAGGGAGUCUGAAAGGUGCCUGUUAUUACUCUUGAUGUUUAGUUUUUGUGAUUCAGCUUUUCAGCUUGCUGUAAGAUUGUGAAAAAAGAAAAAGGACACUUGACCUUGACCUCAAGAGCACAGCUUGACCCCAGUGUUACUUCUUUUCUUGUUCUCAUAAUACUUUCCUUAUAUUUAAGGAAAGUUUUAACAGCCAAACCACCUGACCCCACAGCAGAAGGAGGCUUAGCCUAGUGAGUGCCACACAUAAUUUUUAUUCUUUUGAAGGGAAAAAAAUGCCUUCUGGUAGGCAGCCAGCAAGUGCAGGUGGAAUUUGCCUUCACUUGAUUAUAAUCAGCUUUGUCCCUUUGUUGAUGUCACCUCAGCUAUAUGUUGUUGCCACCUUCUUAUCCAACUACUUUCUGUCAUAAAGCUCAGCAGGGAAAAUAAACUGAGGCCAAAACAACAUAUGGAAGGGUCUUGGCAAGAUUUGGCUGUUCAUUUGAAGUGUUUUUCUUUUUUUCUGUGGGUAGGAGAUGAAGUCAGAGCCGUGUUGUUUCAUAUAGAAGGAUCAUUAUUUUUAGACCAGUGGCAGUUCUUAGCCUCUGCAUGUAAUCUGCUCAGACAGAGCCACGCAAGGCAGCAGGGCUUGCAUGGACUGUCUGUGGGGCUCAGUCACUGAUGUUGAACAUAACUUGAGCUUUGGAGGCGUGAAUGCUCAAAGCAUGAGUUGUGUGAUUCAUCUAUAUCAAGAUCUUUUAGGCAUGGCAGAUUUGUGAUAAAAGCUUUUCAUAAAACCAGUUGUUAGUCUGCUGGUGUUUGAUAUCGACCAGGGGAGAUCCAGGCCUGUCCUGCUGACUGUGGCCAAAGUGCUUCGAGUUGGAGGGAGUGCAUGUAUUAUUGCAGCCAUGAGUCUCUGCAUGUUCCCAGCAGCCAGGGACAGUGCUUGUAGAGGGAAUCUUGGCACAUUUAAAGGUUAUCAGGGCCCAUUCUGAAAAACACCAGCUGAACCACGUGCACUUGGUACUGCCAGUGGGAAGGUUUGCCUAGGGUGUCAUCCCUCAGCUAUACAUAGCAAACUCAAAGCUUCUUACAGAGAAACCUCUUACCAGUCACUUUCCACAAAUGGUGCCUAUACCUAAAGGUACUUAGUGAAAAUCCUUGAGAGGUAUUUAAUGCAAAAGCAGUUAGUUUCCCUGGUGUUUUUCAGAAGCCCUCACACACCACUAGCAGGGAGAAGUGCAGUGCAGCUACAGCACAGCUCCUGGGCCAGUUACUCAUUUUGUCUGAACCAGGCUCUGCCACCCCAAGGGCUUGCCAAGAUGUGUGACAUGGGGGGGCUCGACAACCUGAUUGCCAACACUGCCUACCUCCAGGCAAGGAAGAGUGGAGAAGGAGACACCAAGGAAAUGCAAAAGAGGCGUAAGAGCCUCUCGCUGCCCAAGAUUGAGGACUGCAAAGAGCACAGAGAGUCUGUUGCUGGUGAUUAUGACAGUAUCUGUGAGCAGCAGCCCAUUGGCAAGAAAUUCUUCAGAGACUUCUUAGAGACAGUGCCAGAAUAUUUGGUAGCUAGAGACUUCCUGGAUGAGGUGUCAAGCUGGGAGUUGGCAGAGGACAAUAUCAAGAGCACUUGCAUGGAGAUUAUGGUCACCAAUUAUCUUAAGGAAGGUGGCAGAAACUAUCUGUCUUUCAUGAGCUCUGACUUGGUCAGCAAAUGCAAAGCAGCUACUGUAAAAGAAUAUGAGAACAUCGUGCAACUGGCCAAGGAGGAAACCAAAGUCUUCUUUAAAGACAAGCCUUUCCAGGACUUCCAGAACAGCCCCUUCUAUGACAAAUUCAUCCAAUGGAAAGUGUUUGAGAAGCAACCAGUAACUGAUAAAUACUUCUCUGAGUUCCGAGUGCUGGGCAAAGGUGGCUUUGGAGAGGUUUGUGCCAUCCAGGUCAAAAAUACUGGCAAGAUGUAUGCCUGCAAGAAACUGGAUAAGAAAAGGUUGAAAAAGAAAAGUGGAGAGAAGAUGGCACUGCUGGAGAAAGAGAUCCUGGAGAAGGUCAACAGCCCUUUCAUAGUCACACUAGCUUAUGCCUAUGAGACCAAAACCCAUCUGUGUCUUGUUAUGAGCCUCAUGAAUGGAGGGGAUCUGAAGUAUCACAUCUACAAUGUGGGAGAAAGGGGUUUGGAAAUGAAAAGGAUCAUCUUUUACUCAGCUCAGAUAACCUGUGGGAUUCUGCAUCUCCAUUCCAUCAAAAUUGUGUACCGGGAUAUGAAACCAGAGAAUGUCCUCCUGGAUGAUAAUGGGAAUUGCAGACUGUCUGAUCUUGGAUUGGCAGUGCAAGUCAAAGAGGGAAAGAGCAUCACCCAGAGGGCUGGGACAAAUGGCUACAUGGCUCCUGAGAUCCUGAAGGAAGAGGACUACAGCUAUCCUGUGGACUGGUUUGCUAUGGGAUGCACUAUUUAUGAGAUGGUUGCUGGGAGAACACCAUUCAAGGAUUUCAAAGAAAAGGUCAAUAAGGAUGAGGUUAAAAGAAGAACUCUGGAAGAUGAGGUGAAAUUUGAACAUGCUGGCUUUACAGAGGAAGUGAAAGAUAUUUGCAAGCUGUUUUUGGCUAAGAAAAAAGAGGAACGUUUGGGAAGCAGAAAUGAAGACGAUGAUCCAAGAAAACACAGCUUCUUCAAAACAAUAAAUUUCCACAGGUUAGAGGCAAACCUUGUUGACCCUCCAUUUGUGCCAGAUCCAUCAGUUGUCUAUGCCAAAGAUGUUGCAGACAUUGCUGACUUCUCUGAAAUACGAGGAAUUGAGUUUGAUGACAAAGACAAGAAGUUCUUCAAAAAGUUUGCGACAGGUGCUGUCCCUAUACCCUGGCAGGAGGAAAUCAUCGAGACCGGACUGUUUGACGAACUGAACGACCCCAACAGAGUCGCUUAUGCAAACGGAGGGGAAGCUAAGUCAGGAGUUUGUUUGUUGUUGUAAUUAUAUCAUUACCAAAAAGAGUAGAAACCACCUCAGAACUUUCCAUAUUCUGACUCUGUUUCAGAAACUCAGUACACCUGUUUGAGAAGAGCCAGCCAGUGUAAUGUGACAUUGACAGGCUAUGUAGGACCACCAGCUGAAUAGACUGUAUUAUUUUCCUUUGCUCUAAGAAAGGAGAUAUUUUUGUGUUAUUGGAUAUGAAUCAAAUGAAGACCCAUAUUUCUCCAAGAAGCUUAGAAUAGAAAUUCUGAAAUACAGAAAGCAUUGUUAGAGUGAAGAGGCAAAGCUUUUGAAAAUGACUGUUACUGCUUUCAAUACAAUGAAUCAUUGGUUUUCUUUCUUUUUUUCUUGUUAUUUCUACUAACAUUUCCUCUUUAUUCCACAGUUUUCAGGAAGGAUUUUUAAAUUUUCAGGUAAUCUCAGACAAUGGAGCUCAUAUACCCUGUCAAACUUGGAAUCUUACUGGCUAGCCAGUCUGUCUGUUAAAUUCUGUAGGGUUUUGGGUGGUUUAUUGUAAUAUGUUCAAAUUGUCAUAAGAUAUAAAGAAAGCUCUACAUAUCACUUGGAAAUAAGAACAACAGGAUCAAACUCUUUUCAAAAGUGAUUUUAAUGGAGUGAAGAUAAGAUUGCACCAAUGUAAUGGAAUAAAGCAUUUAUUUAUUAUUAUUAAGUGUAUUCUUAUAAGUGAUAAUACUAUAUACAAAGAAAACAUAUUUACAAGUAAAUACACAUUACUUUUGGCAAUUUUAAAGUUUUAUCAGAUUUCCUGAUAAUUUUUCUGUAUUUUGGUGAUAAAUUAAGCUACAGAUAGACCAAAGCAAUUUGUAAUUGAUUUUUACAAUACAUUUAUUUCAGUGUAAUAUAGAUUUUAAUUCAAGUUGCAAAAUGCAUUAUACUGUUGAGUGGUGUAAUGAAAAAGUUAUGUAUGCAAGUUGAAACUAUCUUCAAAUGUUUAUUGAUUCUAAUGCAAAUUUUGAAGUGUUUUUAUUUUUCAAUUUUAUGACAACCUAAAUUGAAUUACUUGGAAAUAUUACUAUGAAUACUUGUUACUGGUGAAGUGUAUUACUCAUGAGAUGCCUCCUGCUGAUUUUCUGUGGUAAGAAAAUAGGCAGUUGUUCUUUGCACAACUUUUAAAACUGACCCUGCACAUGCUGGUCACUGUCAUCUAUCCAGCCAUAAUUUCCAUUGACUAAAGUGGAAGUGGAAGCUGCUUCAUUCCUUGGAGACCUGGAGGCUGCAAAUGCCCCAUUUUCUGUUUUUCAUACAGCAAACUUCCUACUGAACUCAAGGACUUCUUCUGGCUAGACACUGGUAUGAACUCACAUGUCUGUUUCAGAGGAGGAAAACCUGUAUAUACAAUGUCUUCUGUACUCAGGUCUGUCAUGUGGAACACUGGUAUUGCUAUUUAUUUAUAACCUAAUAGCACAUCCCAAACUCUUAAGUUUUAAAUACUGUAAGUAUUUUAGUCACAGCUAAGUAAUACAUUGGUAAUACUUUGUGUUGUUCUGAGUAGAAAAGGAAUUGCUCUUUUUUCGUUUUAAAUUUGCUUUUCCGGUGCUUUAUAUACUUAACAUUGAAGUGAAAAAUCAAGAACAGUUUUACUUAGGAUUAGUGGGUAAUUCUGUUUAUGAAUUAUGAGCAUAAAAUUGUCUGCCUUUUGAAUGGAGACUUUCUGUCAAAUAAUUUAAAACAAUAUAAGUGGAAUUCUGGUUUUUUAAUUGAGAAGGAUGAUCCUGAAAGAUGGUGAAAAGCAGAGGAGGUUGAGAGAAGAGCGAUGUCAUCCUGGCAUGGAUUUACAAGAGUGCUUCCACUAUUGACAUCCAUUGAUUUUAUUUCUCAUUGCUCCCACCUGUAGAAAGUGGUAGUAAAUACACUAGAGUAGUAUAUUUAAGAAGCCAAGACAGAAAACUUUGUUCUUACAUGCAUUUUAAAAAGCCCACAAAACACAAAGUGACACAAAACCCACAACCACCACCUGAUUACAGCUAGGAGAGACAUGUUAGUGCUAGUGGCAUCAAACCUUUCUCCUGAAUUGAUAUACCUCAAAUCCAAUGAAAAAGCUGUUUCAAAAGUCCUCCAGAACCAUAAAGUAGAACCAUCCUCUGAAAUGGCCGUAGGUUUUCCAGUGCAUAACUGAGUUUUAAGUUGCCAUUUGGAAAGAGGUUAUGUACAGACAGAACCAGAAUUUAAUGUCUUGUUAGAAUCACAUAUUCCCAGUGAUAGUGGGAGCUACAAGGCUGCAUUUUUCAAAAUGUGUUGCAAUACUGAGAUCUGUGAAUUUGGGACACCCUGUGGGCAUAACAUUGGGUUAUUUAGUUUUAGAAAUGUUGUGGUGUCAGUAAUCCAGCAGGAUGUGCAUCAGUGAGAUCCAUAAUGUUAAGUGUUUCAUGAAUCAUUCAGAGUAACACAUCAGAAGUCUGAUAAUGCACAGUUUGGCACAGUGUAUGACAGAGAAGAAUGUGUUAGUUUGAAAUAUUCAUUUUAAUUUUCUAAAUUCACUUUUCACAACAUGGACAACUUCUUUUUGCACCUUGGAAGGGAGGCAGGGCAAUUAUUUCUGUAUUCCCAUUAGCACUUUCAGUGAGUCUUUUAAAAAUUAUUUUCACCUUUUUAUAAAGAAUCUGUGAAAUACUUUGUUCUUUCCUUCUUCCUCCUACUGUAAAAUUCCUUGUUAAACUUUCAGGAGCAAAGUUCUUUCAACAACCUGCUUCACCUUAACAAAAAGCCAGCAAUCCCAAAAGAUUUACAUGUUCAAUGAAUUGUCUUACUGCAACCAAAGAUGCUACUUGUGUGAGUAAACUUAAAUGAAUAUGCAAGUGUUGCAAGAGCAGGGCCCAAGUCAAAAGUAGUGACCAGGUCACUGGAUGUUUAUGAUAGAAAAUGAGGGAUGACUGGGGGAGGAAAAUAGCCAUGUGGUUGUGGAUUACUUGAGUUGUUGUGGCAAAAGGAAAUUAUGUAAUUUGAAACUGCAAUUUUUUUCUUCUAGCUGUCUCCCUUUUUCCUGCUUUGCCAAUAUUGUGGUGUCUCACUCGGCUGCCUCGUUUUCCAGCAGACAAGAUGCAUUUGAGUGCUAAUAUAAUCUAAAAUACUGAAUUGUGAACUCCAUUGCAUUAAAUGCCAUUUGUGACAGGUUCCAGGGUGCCCUGGCCACUCUGCAGGCAUUGUACAAACAGUGCUGACUUUGCUGCCAUGUUUUUCUCAGCCCAGCUGCUGGAACAGUUUGGUAACUCUGACUGUAGCAAGCGGUUGAUGUGUUCUUACAGGAACAUCAUUUAAAGUUCAACAACACUCCUGCUGCCUCUGAAAGGUAUAAGAGAAAGACCUUUCCCUUGUAUCUCAAGUCCAGAUUUUCUUUGAUGCUACCUCUGUUCCCCUUACCAUUACUCCCCUCAUUUCACUUAGCACAGGGACAAAAUGAUGCUUGUUAUUAUAAUAUUAACCUAAUGAAAUCAUUGUUCACAGAGAUUAUUUCUCAGUGGCACUGAGUACCUUCAGUUGUUUCAUCACAUAGGCUUAAUAAACACCUUGUGCUGCAGCAAGUAGUUCACAUUUAUAUUCCAGUAUGAAAUAGAUUUAGUAAUAGGAACCUGUGUACAAAUUCCUGGCACAUCUUCAAAGUGGCUUCUUUAUUAGGGAAGGCAGCUUUACAUUAAGCUAAGAGCAUCAUAACAAAUAUAAUACUUGAGAUAGUUAUUUCUCCAACUAUAAACUAAUGCCAAUACAGAAGUAAGAUGAGAUCUGUACUUAGAGCAGAUGCCUGAAAUUGUACAGUUGUAGUUAUAAAGUGAU